AUGUCUUCCAGGUCCAUUGGCGGGUUUUCGCAGGCGUCUCUGGCGGCGCUGCGGGAGGCCAACGCUGAGCUCCGGGAGGCGCAGGCGGACCUGCGCGCCUACCCGGUGCCGGAAUAUCUAGCUCCUGCACAAGAGCAAGGCGCCAUCAUGAUUGGCGUCACGGGGUAUCCAGGAGUGGGGAAGUCCUCUUGGGUGAACGCUGUCCGCCGCGUCUCCUCGCCCAACGACCCCGAAUAUGCGGAGAUCUGCGUGGACGGGCCCACCAUGGAGCCGCAGAUGUACAAAUUCCCGGUGCACCAUGAAGGGCUGACCACCGUGCUACUGUGGGCGCCCUGGCACUCGCCCAGCGUGCACCUCUCCAAAGUCUUGGAAGCCUUGGCCGCGGAGCACUCCAAGGGCCGCUUUGCCAAGGCCAAUGCGGACCUUUGCCCUGCCCUGGUGAGCUCUUUGGGCGCUGAGCAGGUUCCCUUUGUGGGCUUUCUCAACCCGCAGGGCGCCAUGCUGGGGACCCUCGUGGGCGCAGACCCUCCGAGAUUAGUGGAGAAAGUCAAAGCCCUGGUGUCACGGCCCAUGGAAGCUCCAUUGCCCAAUGGCGCUGCAGACCUCAACACGAGGUUGAAGAGCUUGAUCAACGCCUCCCCAGUCAUGUUGUUCAUGAAGGGGAACAGGACAGAGCCGCAGUGCAAGUUCUCUAGACAGGCCAUUGAGAUGAUGCAGAACACUGGGGUGGAAUACUCCACCUUCGACAUCUUGGCGGACGACACAGUACGGCAAGGGCUGAAAGAGUAUUCCAACUGGUCCACCUAUCCGCAGCUCUACGUCAAUGGCGACCUGAUUGGCGGUAUUGACAUAAUGAAAGAAAUGGAGGAGGACGGCUCCUUCGGUGAGAUGCUCGGUGCCGCCCAGCCCAUACAGGAGAAGUUGAAGUCCUUGAUCAACAAGGCACCGGUGAUGCUCUUCAUGAAAGGAAAUCCGGAAGGGCCGCGCUGCGGCUUUUCACGCAAGAUGGUUGACCUUUUGAAUGAGAACGGUGUGGACUUUGACACCUUUGACAUCCUUUCCGACGAGGAAGUGAGACAAGGGCUCAAGGAGUAUUCCAACUGGCCCACCUACCCACAGCUCUACGCGAAUGGCAAGCUUUUGGGUGGCCUCGACAUCGUCAAGGAAAUGGCAGACGAAGGGUCGCUGGAGUACGAGCUGUCUGCUUGA